AAAGACGUGCACGGGGCGUGUCCUGUUCCUGAAUUCCUCCAGCUCGAUGACAUCUGUGCUCGAGUAGUAAACCUGGUUUUUGACAGAUCAGCAAUGGCAGAAGUGGAGGCAGAGCAGCCGGUUCAAGUUGGUGUUUCCAAACCCAGCGGUGUUCCAGUCGGGGCUUAUGACAAGAAGUGCAUUUUCUGCAAAAUUGUAAACCAGGAAAUGGGCACGGAGCUUCUGCACUCCGACGAGGAGCUGUCUUGUUUCAGAGACAUUAAACCCGGAGCUCCACAUCACUACCUGGUAGUCCCAAACCAACACGUUGGAAACUGUAAAUCACUCGGCAAAGAGCACGUGCCUUUAGUGAAGCAGAUGGUCGAAGUGGGGAAACAGAUUCUCCAAAGAAACAGUGUCGCUGAUCUCACGGACGUCAGGUUUGGUUUCCACUGGCCUCCCUUCUGUUCUGUCACACACUUACAUCUCCAUGUUCUUGCACCUGCCAGUCAAAUGGGCUUCAUGUCUCGCCUCUUCUACAGACUCAACUCCUACUGGUUUAUCACGUCCCCUUUCUGGUGCCUGAACAGUUUGACAGAGGAAGAUGUUCGCAGUGUCAUGGCCAGAUCUGUUUGUGCUAAGUCUGCUUUUGAGUUAUGGGGGCGCGGACGCACUCACAGUGAACUCAGAACAUCCCUUUUGAACUACUCACCAGAGAAAAUGAGUCCAUAUGUGCACAAAGAGUCCACCUACAGAAUUAACGUCUACACGUUCAACAAAACGUUGCUGUUUGCAGACAGGAUCAAAAAGAUCGAUGCUUUGGAAUAUCUUCCAUUUGAAGGUACAGUGAGUCUGAAGAGCCCUCAGCACAUCUUCUGUCUGUUGGAGGAUUACGGCACAGAUCCCAACAACAUCCCAGAGCAUCCCAACUACGUCUACUUUGGCAGAUGGAUUGCAGACGGUCAGCGGGAACUGAUUCGCUCCCACAGCGUGAAGAGCAGACACUUCAUUGGCAACACCAGCAUGGAUGCUGGCCUCUCGUUCAUCAUGACCAACCAUGCUAAGGUCAAAGAGAACGACCUUGUUUUUGACCCUUUUGUUGGCACAGGGAGUCUUUUGGUCGCGUGUUCUCAUUUUGGAGCUUAUGUUUGUGGAACAGAUAUUGAUUACAACACUAUUCACGGCAAAGGUCGGUCCAGCCGUAAAAACCAGAAGUGGCGAGGUCCCGACGAGAACAUCAGAGCGAAUCUGCGGCAGUACGGAACACAGAAGAUGUAUGUGGAUGUGAUGGUGUCGGACGCAUCGAAGCCGGUGUGGAGGAACGCCGCUCUGUUUGACGCCAUCAUUACUGACCCUCCAUAUGGAAUCAGAGAAUCAACGAGGAAAACGGGCUCCCACAAGGACAUCGCUAAAGCCCCUGAUGGCAGCUACGCCGAUUCCCACGUUCCCGUCUCGCAGGCGUACAACCUAAGCGACAUCUUUGCAGACCUGUUACACUUCUCCGCCCAGCACCUGGUUGUGGGCGGGAGGCUCGUUUAUUGGCUGCCCGUCUACAGGCCCGAGUACUGUGAGGAGAUGAUUCCUCAUCAUGCUUGUCUUCAGCUAGUCAGCAACUGUGAGCAGACGCUCUCCAGCCACACUUCACGACGCCUAAUCACCAUGGAGAAAAUCAAAGAACCGAAGGAACUGGACGGCCUGGCUGGUGCGCCGGACCCCCGCUGCAGCCCCUACCACGGACACAACGCCUUCAGAGAGAAGUACUUCAGCGGUCUGAACAAAAGGAGCAGCAAAGAGGACACAAGAGCAGAUGUGGAUGGAAAAUGAGUUUAAACAAGGUUUUAGGACGAACUUCAGCAAAUGAAUAUUCACUUAUGAAAAUGGGCAAAAAAUGUUUAUUGUUAUUAUUUAUGUAGCAAUAAAAUCACAUUUUAAAGUA